ACAGGACCACAAUUAAAUUAGAGCAAUUAAAGGGAGCGGUGAAAAGAUCGAAUCAGUUAGAAACUUUGCUGUAGAGUGGAUGAUCUCUUGAUGCCUCCAAAUAAAUCGCAUGCGAGAGUGAGGAAAUAUCCGUGCGCCUAUUUUCAUCAUGACAUUAAGUUUUUCGUCCUUCUCCAUCAAAGACAUCCUCACCGGACGUGAGUCCCGGGGGAAGCCCGGUGCCAGGAGUACAGAGGAGCUCCGGGCACCAAAGCGUAACAUCUGCACAGGGCAUGGUAGUAUGAGAGUCUCUGAUUUGUCUCAUCAAGACGCGUAUGAGAACCGCAAUUACCCGGAGAGACUUCCUGCUGAUCUCAGUCUGUCUGCUGGACACCACCGAUCUGAUGCCUACAGCGAGGAGUCCACAGGAGAGGAGACUGAGCGCAGAGAAGGCGCUGCAGACCAGCAACCACACUGUGUGGGGCGGGACGAAGAGAAGGAGAAGGAGGCAGAGGAGGAGGGAUGUCACCACAGCGGGGACACGGUCAGCUGUUCACCCGACGAGCGGCAGUGCAGGCCCGGUACUAAGAAGCGCUCCAGGGCGGCCUUCUCUCACGCACAGGUCUACGAGCUGGAGCGCCGCUUCAGCGCACAGCGGUACCUUUCAGGCCCUGAACGGGCCGAUCUGGCAGAAGCUCUGAAACUCACAGAGACCCAAGUGAAAAUCUGGUUCCAAAACCGGAGAUAUAAAACCAAACGGCGUCAGGUGGCGGCUGAGCUGGCGGCCUACAGCUCACAUAAGAAGGUAGCAGUGAAAGUGUUGGUGAGGGACAAUCAAAAGCAGUACCACCAGGCGAACGGAGCACACGUCCCCACUGUACCACUGUACCAGGCCUACCAGUACUACCCCUACCUGCACUACUACUGCCAGCCCUGGAGCAUGAACAGCAUGUUGUGUAGAGGGAUGCUCUGAACUCCAGAGAACACAUGACUUGAAGUGUCUCUCCCAUCUCAAGGUGUUAGCAGCUUGCUGCAAUUCUGUAUACUGUAUACUAUAAGUUCAAGCAAUGUUUUUUUUGUUUUUUUUGUCUUACUAGAAGCCAGUUUGGCAUACUUAAAAAAAAGAAAAGACAAACAGUAUCAGAAGUUGGCCUGCUAUUUAGGGUCCAUAAAAUGCACACCUCUCUCUCACCAUGACUAGCUACAGUACAUUUAGAGAUAUUCUGUAAAGUUAUAAUCCGGGGCAGAUCAGUGUGAGCAUAAGAGGCAUUACAAAGCUCUUUGAGACUGUCGAUUGAUUAGAUUAGCCGAUCACUAUCUGAAGAAAUCGGUAGCAUUUAAGACAAAGCUUUGAGUUUGGUUAUCAUUUUGCGUUUUGCUACAAAAUAAUAAUUUAAAGGCUAAAUACAGCUAACUUGGUCAGACGUUUUUCUCUGAUCUGCUGGGUAGUUUUCAAAUAGUCUUAUAUUCUACUUUUUUUAUUUAAUAUUUUGUCUAUCUUUUUAAAAGACAUAAUGGACUGUACACAAAUGAUUAUCAGGAGGGGAGCUCAGAAAACAAGAUGGCCAUGUAUUUCUUUGUUAUGCUGAGGGGGAAGCAUUCUGACAUAUGAGAGCAGAAAAAAAGAUAUUUUUAUCACCCCAAUUUUAUAUUUCAGCAUUCCCUUGUGGGGUUAAUUAAAAAAGAGAAUUAAAUAAUUGCAAAUGAUGGUUAUAGCGUGCAAAGAGGGUCAUAAAUGCAUGUUUUGCAGUAUGCAGAAGACAACAAUUCUGUCUCUGUUUCAUGGUUUAAUCACACUAAAUGUUAUCAAAAGUCUCCUUUACUUUACUUUAUUCUUAGUCAUAACAAAAAGCAAGUGAUGUUUGCCAUAAAUUUGGAGAUCACUUUUUCUUCCUGUAAUUUGCUAGUUUGGGAAAAUUCAUAAAUAUAUUAUGGUUUGAUUACACCAUCUUAAAUUCCUCAGUUUUUUGUUUGUUUGUUUUUUAAAUGGUGGAAGGAGUUUUUUUUGAGCAAGGGUAUUGCAGGGUUUUUUUUAAAGUCAAGGGUAGGUUCCAAAUAAAAUAUUAACAAUGCAGGGGAGGGUUCAAUUUUAAAAACUGAAUAUUAAGAUUUAAUUGAUAUCCUGCACUUAACAAAAAUGCAUGCUUUUAAAUUGUUCAGUUUAUACAAAUACGUGAAAUAAUUCCAGUGGGUCUGAAAAUAUAUAGUUGCAUUUUUAGCAUUAUUUAAAAAUGAUUAACAAAAAUGUAUUGAUGUAAAUACCGUAUGCUAACUCAGAUAGUGACUCACUUUUAGUUCACAGCAACGGCUCCUCACUGGGUUUCUCAAGAGCCCAGGAUGAUCUACAUAUGUUGCUUUUUCCCCUCCUUAAUGACUGCCAGUAACAGUCCAUUUUAAGUGACCAGACAGAGCAGAAAGGAAUCCUGAAUUUAUACAAACCCAACGAGAGAAAGUAACUUAUCCUGACGUGCCAGUAGCAUGACCGAGACUCUGACACUUUUAGUAGGUAUUUAUUUUAUUUAUGGGACAUCUUUAUUGAUCAUGAAACUCAACAUAACACCUGUUAGAACACAUUCUUUAUAUUAGGUUUAUGGACCUUUAGAAAUCUUUUGGAGAGUGUCUGUGUGUGUACGCGGUAUGGGUUCCCCCCACACAGUACUCAAGCAACAGAUUAUGAAGUAGUCAGCUGGGCACAGGCAUGUAACUUACUGUACGCUUUUUAAAAAGCGUGUGUGUGGAAAUGUAAUACCCUAGUUCCAUGCAAAGUAAUGCAGACAACAAACUUUUUUGUUUACUUUUUAUUUUCGUAUUACACAAAACUGACUAAUUUCACAGAUUCAAACAGAUGAUUAUUAGAAGGUGAAUGUUUAUUGUUGAUUUUUUUUUUUAUAGUUUUUUUAAGUGUGUAAAGAGUCAUGCGUAGGCCUAUUCUCUACUGUGUGCUGCAUGAGUCAGAGAGGGUCAAUAGACCAUGGAGAUGUUGCACCAUCCAGCUGGGCUGCGCAAGACAGCACACAUUAAUCAUACCUUACUGAAAAGACUACACCCUCAUCCCAAAGGUAUAUACACAAUGGCCACACUUGAUAGGAAAAUAAAAACAGAAUUCCUAAGUGAGUUUACUGGUGCUUUGGCUUAAUCCUAAACUGGUUGUUCUUACCAAUGUUAACUGCACUAGCUGCUAGAAUUGUGUGGCAUAAACAUAGCAUGCAGGCUGCUGACUUAAUUACCACAGAUAAACAGAUAAAAGAGGGCCACAUAUUUAAAAAAGAAAAAGAUAUUUGUGCAACACGUUCAGCGAUAUCACCUUGACACUACAAGGUAAACUGUGUGCUCAUGUACAAAAUGUUUGCGAGUAUUUGCCUACGAUGAAGGUAGUGCCCUGCCUGGCAAAUAUUAUUAUUACUAUGUUAUGACAUUAAAGAGGCUGUGACAUCAAAGAAUUGUGAUGUUCAAUAGCUACGUCAAAUUCCCUUUUUGCACAACAAGCUGUUUUGGCAGAGAGGAUCACCUUGUGCCACACUGGCAUUAGCCCAAACCUCAUUUAUCUCUUAAAUCAAAACACCACUUCAAGCUACCCUAAGUGGUUGACACAACAGGUUUCUGCGAGGGAGGGAAACACACACCUCCUUUUGACUGUCUGACUGUAAGUCACCAUUAAGUCUAAUCAUUUUCAUUUACACAGCGUGUAUUUGCUAUUAAAGACUUAGAUGACUAAGACUAUGCAGAAAAGGUCAUGCGGUUGCAUUGAGGCUCCCAGGUAUGCCACUUUCUGUGUGCUCUGAUUAUUCACAUUGUGCUGGUGAAUAGCUGCUUUAGUUAUUGCUGUCUACCGUGACUGCACAAAAUUUAUUUUUCCUGCACCCAGUCUGUGAUGUCACACUGAUGUAUAUUCCCAUCAAGAACUAAUGAGGCUCUUGAAAAUGUGAGUGACACUGUGCAGGAUGAUUUUCAUUACUAUGGACCUCAUCCAUAAGUUGGUUGAACAUUGCAAAGGUUUUAUUUUAGGGAGUUCCCCUUAUCUUAACUUAUUCAUGUGGAUCCUUCUAGUGUAUUACAAGUUAGGUGGUAUUUUCAUAUUUGUUGCUGAUAUCUUAGAGCAUAGCAACAUUGCUGCAACACUGUCUAAUUGGGGAAAGACACACAAGCAGUCAGAUGAUCACAGAGGUUAGCAAACAAGCCAACAUUUUAGCCAUGUUAUCUAAACCACUUCAUUUGAAUAUAAAUGUUGUAAUAAUCCCAAGUGCGGUAGGUCCAAGUUGAACCAGGAUGUUUGCAACAGACAGUUUGAGCAAUAAUUUUACUGUUUGCCUUUGUUUUCAUUUCCAAAUACAUUUGGCUAACCUUGGGGUUUGUUUAAAACUUG